AUGACUGUAAUUCAAAGUCGCAAGACAUUUUUUGUAUCAUUAUGUUUAUUGCUUUUCUUUAAUGGUAUCGGUUUAUUAUGGAAAAAACGAAUAACUGAAAAGAGUAACGGCUUGAAUUCUGGGUUCAGUAUCGAAAGUAGCGUAAGUAGCGUUCAAAAUGCGGUGGAUUUUUCAACUUGGAAAAGGAACGAACUGGAACCAAUAACUGCCAUAUUUCCUAAUGAGGCGAAUGCCAGUUUUAUUAAAAGUAGUGACAUUAGAACAAGUUUCAAUAAUGAGUGUGAUAAUAUAUAUAGUCAUCCAGAUAAAUGCGAUUUUGUUCGAAUACAUUGUCGAGAUUAUUCUUCUGGUUUAAUCGAUUAUUUACAAUUCUACUUUUGUAAUUCACCAAAAUGGCAUCACGUGUAUUUAAUGACAAUGUUUCUAUGGUUGUUAUUCUUGUUCGGCUUUAUUGGUCUUGCCGCUUCUGAAUUCUUUUGUCCUAAUUUAGGUACAAUUGCAUCAAAAUUGAAACUAUCCGAAAGUAUGGCAGGCGUUACUUUCUUAGCUUUUGGAAACGGAUCACCUGACUUGUUUAGUACAUUUAGUGCAAUCACCCUUGGAUCUGGUUCGUUAGCUGUAGGUGAACUUAUCGGUGCAGCUAGCUUUAUAACUUCGGUUGUUGCUGGAUCCAUGGCUGUUGUGUCGCCAUUCCGCGUUACAAAGGCACCAUUUCUUCGUGAUGUUAUUUUCUUCCUAGUAGCAAUUAGUUUUGUUCUAGUCAUUAUCUCGGAUGGAAAAAUUCAUCUGUGGGAAAGUAUAACCUUGGUGUUAUUCUACAUAACCUAUGUUAGUGUGGUUGUUAUAGGAACUUGGUGGGUAAAGGAUCAAAAAAGGCGCAAAUGGCAGGAACAAAAAGCAAGAGAUGAAUAUACACCAACAUCGUUAAUCAAUGGUGAUACAGAGAAUUUUGACGAGCAAACUGACGAAGAAUACGAAAAUCAAGAUGCAUAUGGAUACGAUGCAUACGGUGAAACCGAUUUUUUGUUAUCCGAAGAUGAAAGAAUUCUCGAUUAUACAGGUCGUAAUGCAUCCCCAAUUUCGAUGACGCCUUUAACAACAUAUUCCGAACCACGUGAAUUUUUUCUCUCUCCUAAUGAUUUGCCUGCACGACCUAUUCAUCGUGGAAUGAGACCUUCGUUGUUUGGAGCGAUCGAGUUUAGGGAUGUAGUUAAUUCUCUUAAAUUAGAUAGUAGCGCGAGAGCCCUGGGUAUAUUUGGUCGGAGUUAUACAACAGAUUUUUACAAUAGUCGAUCAGGCAGACCACGAAGCAGGACAAUGUCAUUGAAUAGACCACUUUUCGGUUCUCGUAGAAGAUCUUGGGCUAGUGAUGGAGGUGGGAUAGUGACAAUUCCCGAGUCGACUAUAAUGAACUUCAAUAGCCUUAAUGGUAGCGGUCCAAGCAGUGGAUCGAGUUCAUCACCAAUUGAUCAAGCUCAAGCUCAAACUCCAACGUCGAGACAAAAAUUUGGAGACACUUUAACAAUACCGCGUCUAAUGUUGAUACCUCCAACCCCAGAUCAUGGACCAGAUUCACAUGAUAAGGGAUCAUCAUCUCGUUCUGGCCAUAUACCUUUACCAUUAACGCUGGAGAGUUCGAAUUUCAUACUUGAUGGUGCAUUACAUUCAUCUCCUGGAAAUUCUCCAUUACACUCUCCUUUACGCUCUCCCAGCUUAUCAUCACCAUUACCACCCGUCAUUUCUUGUUGGGAUAAAUUUCAAAUAAUUUUAUUCCCGACUUUGGAAGGAUUCUCUCAAAAAUCAUUUAUCGCAAAACUUAUUACUUUAAUGGCGACACCGGCAAAUUUGGUUUUAAUACUCACCUUACCUGUUGUAGAAUCGGAUGAAGUAGAUUUUAAUGAGAUUGAAGAAGAAAGUUCCUUACAUCCACAUUUGGAAACUCCUGCCAUUGUGAUAGAUGACGAUCCGGAUAUAGUCAUUGUUGAAAGUUCUGUGGCAGCUACAUCAUGUAUUUUAUUUGCGCAUGAUGAUAAACCACCUAGAUUCUAUUCAUUACUAUGUUUUAUGGGAUUUGGUGUAGCUAUGGUUUGGAUUUUCCUUGUAGCAAACGAAGUUGUAGGUUUGCUACAGGCUAUAGGGCUGAUAAUGGGAUUAAGUGACGCUAUACUCGGGCUGACCAUUUUUGCAAUGGGUAAUAGUCUCGGUGACUUUGUUGCCAAUAUUACUAUUGCCAGAAUGGGAUUUCCAAUGAUGGCAAUGAGCGCAUGUUUCGGUGGUCCCAUGUUAAAUAUCCUGCUUGGGAUUGGUAUUGCUGGAACAUAUACAACAAUACAAUAUGGAGAGCCUAUCCAUAUAGAAUUAGAACCUACAUUAUUUAUUUCAUCGAUCGGAUUAUUAUUGACAUUAUUUUCUGCCCUGUUUUAUUUACCAAGAAACGAUUUCCGCAAAGCUCAUUGUCUACAUACCCCUUUAUAUGGUAAUGGACAACCUUAG